AUGAGAUUUCCUUGGUCGAAAGCCGGAGUGGCGGACAAACCGUCAGAUUCGGGAGUUCAAGAGAGCCAUCUGAGCCCUCCAUCGGGACAGCCAGUCUCAGCAGAUACUGUUGACCCCGAGAAGAGACCCGUCCCAGCUGAUUCGAGUGUUGGGGAGCCUGGUUUACUCGAGAAACCAUCGGCCACCACGCCAGAACAAGAUAUCCCCAUUUCAGCAUCCUCUGAUGAGAAGGCCGUGCUACAUGUAAACGAAGAUUUAUCCCGCAGAGACUCAACAGCAACUUCCGAUGCAGGCGAACCCGGCGAAGAUGAUGAAUCCAAAUACGCUAGGGGUUUGCCAUUGCACCUCUUGACGUUCGGCCUCACUCUAUCAACCUUUGUCAUUGCCCUGGACAACACCAUCAUCGCAACCGCCAUUCCCAAGAUAACCACAGUCUUCAACUCCCUAGAUGAUGUCGGCUGGUAUGGCUCCUCGUAUCUGCUCACAACGACCUCGCUGCAGCCGUCUUUCGGGAAGAUAUACACCUAUUUCAAUGUGAAAUGGACAUACAUGGUGGCGCUCUUCAUCUUCGAAGUUGGCUCGGUGCUGUGCGGCGCAGCAACGAACUCUACCAUGCUGAUUGUGGGCCGUGCUAUUGCCGGGGUUGGUGCAGCAGCGAUUUUCUCUGGCGGCAUGACCAUUGUAGCGUAUUCGGUGCCCUUGCGGAAGAGGCCCAUCUACAUUGGGCUGUUGAGCUCCAUGUUUGGGAUUGCUUCCGUUGUUGGGCCUAUUCUGGGAGGAGCGUUUACCGACCGCGUGUCGUGGCGCUGGUGUUUCUACAUCAACCUCCCUAUCGGGGCGAUCGCUAUCACGGCCGUGUUUUUCUUCUUCAAGAACCCCGAGCGCAAGCACAGCAACCUCACCAUGAAGGAAAAGAUCGGCCAGCUUGACCUCCUAGGCGCGUUCUUCCUGAUCUGUGCCAUCGUCUGCCUCCUGCUGGCCCUGCAAUGGGGCGGCACCACCUACGCAUGGUCGAACUCGAAAGUCUGGGGCUGCAUCCUGGGAUUUGGGCUGUUGAUUAUGGUCUUCACGGGCAUCCAAUUGUGGAAGGGUGACUUGGCCACGCUCCCACCACGGAUCAUGCUGAGGCAACGCACCGUGUUCGUGUGUGCGUUCUUCUCUGCCUUCCUCGCCAUGGGCCUGUAUACGCACGUCUACUACCUCCCUUUCUACUUCCAGGCCGUCAAGGGCACGACGGCCGAGCAAUCCGGGAUUCGCACGAUUCCAUACCUGGUCAGCAUCACCAUCUCAUCGAUCGUGGUCGGGGCCAGCAUCACGACGCUGGGGCCGUACGUGCCAUUUACGUGGUUCGGCUCGGCCAUCUUCGCCGUUGGGUCUGGCAUGCUAUACAAUCUGAAGGUAGACUCAUCGACAGGGACGUGGAUUGGGUACCAGAUCCUGGCUGGGACGGGCGCGGGCGCGUGCGUGCAGAUCCCUUUUAUCGCGGUGCAGGUGGUGCUGAACAAAAAGGACAUGCCUGUGGGCAACGCCGUGGCCAUCUUCUUCAACUCGCUCGGCGGCGCCAUCUCCAUCUCCAUCGCACAGAACAUCUUCUCCAACACCCUCAUCCAGGAAAUCCCCAAGUAUACCCACGGCGUCGACCCGCAGGCCAUCAUCAUGGCCGGCGCCACCCACAUCCGCCAGGUCACUCCGCCGGCCCAGCUCGCUGGCGUGCUGUACGCAUACAACGUCGCUGUUACGCACUCGUACAUUCUGUCCAUUGCCUGUGCGAGCAUCGCCUUUUUAUUCUCGCUGGGCUUUGAAUGGAAGAGCGUCAAGGGGAAGAAGAUCGAGAUGAGUGGGGGUGCGUAG